GUCCGAGUGCCGCCCCAGAGCGGGAACGCGAGCGAGAGCGCGGCCGUCCGGCCCGGCGUGUCGCGCGGCCGAGUGCCGGGCGCCGCAGCCCGCGCCGGUUUUCGGGGCAACUCGUGUUGUCCGCCACACUCGGCAGAGGGGAAACUGAGUCCCCGGGGGGCAGUUGCUCGCCCGAGUCACCCAGCCGCACCAGAGGCUUCUCGUUUCGGCCGCCUCCUCGCUUCCUCCGGGACCCGGCGCCGGGCCUUUGAGUUCAUGGGCGCCCCCCCACUCCCACGCCGAGGCGAGAACUUGGCCGACCUUGACCCCGUCUGGUCGGGCUGUUGCGGGGGGAAGGGAGGCGUGUCCUGGACAAAAGCCCCCGCGGCGGCUCCCCCUCCCCCGGCAGAGAACGGCGCUGAGCGCAGCGGCCUCGGCGGGGAUCGGGAUGAUGCAGCCGGGCCCCGCUCGGGAGGCACUGGGAGACCGUGUGUAAAAACACCAGGACAGCAGACCCGGAAAGGGCAGUGCGGGUUCGGAGGUGGUGGGAACCAGGCGCACGGCCAGCGAGCCGUGGGGAGUCUUCUAAGCAGACACUUGUGCAGGGUUCAAGGCUAAGUCGGCGUUCUCGUUGGUUCGUUUCUUAACAAAUGCUCGAGUGCCUGCCGGGUAACGAGCGGGCUCAGGGCUGCACCUGGAAGCCCGCCCUUCGGACAAACUGCACUAGCUACACCGUUAUCUGGUUACUGCUGCUCCGGAGGAAACGCGGGACGCCGGUCCGGGAAGGGCAGGCAAUGCUUCAGCUGAGCUCCAGGGGUAAUUGAGGAUGAGCUUGGUGAAGAGGCUGGUAGGGUUUCGAGCAGAGGGAAUAGAGUAGACAGGGCCGUUGAGGGGCUGCAAGGCCAGUGUGGGUAGAGGGCGGGGGAAGGCGGGUGUGGCGGUGAAGCAUGCAGGGACCAGAGUGGAGAGGCCUUGUCGGCUGGGAGAGAAAGACAGGGAGGGCCUGCUGGCCAUGCUGAAGAGGCUUGGUGUUAUCUUCUUUGCUCUAGCAAGCAUGAGGGGUUGAAGCUUGGCAGAGAUCUAUUCCCAAUGUGUUCUGAAAAGAGGCCUCUGGCUGCCACGUGAGGGUUAGGCCCAACCGAGUUUGGAGGUAAGUUUGGAGAAGUAGUGGCUGCAGUGACUGAAGUGAGAAACACAGGGAAGCACUGUUGUGUGGAGCUUGUGGCAGGCACUGACACUUAGCACGGAGCCUGGCACACGGAAGGACUUAUAAAAAGUCUUGAACUUUGCUGAGAAGAUGGAACCCAGGUUGGAGGCAGGAGGAUCUGGACCAGACUUGGGUGCUUUCUACUGCCAUGGCCACUAAGUGACCUUAAAGCAGUCCCUCCUUUCUAGCUUCCUUUCCUCGUGUAUCGCAGAGUAAAUACCUCCUCUCUUAGAGGUGAAGAGAGACCCUCCAAGGGAGGUUUCUGGAAAGAGCUGGUUAGUCCAGCCUAUCCCCUCUUCAGAGGCUGCCCUUGGCUCUGCACUGACUCCUUACCUAGAACAUUCCCAGCCCUGGAGACCUGACCUUUACCUGACAUGCCCUGCCCCCCUCCACCUUUAUGGCCUGACCAUACUCUGUUCUUUAUACAUCUCUUCACCUUCUUUUCCUAGACCUGUGUUAUUGUUGCUGUUUUCUUUUCCUUUUUAGCUCCUCUGAACUCACUAUGGGGCCUUGGAGCCAGGGAACUGAACUCAGUUGGCCAGCUGCCUGAUGUGCCUUUCUUAGACAGUGAUAUUCAGCCUCUGGUAGAAUUAGGUAUUUGAGUCCUGUCUGUCUUCUAGAUUAUGAGUUCCUUGAGAGCAUGGCUGUGUCUUACUCUUUCCAUAGCCCCUACAGUGCCCAGCAUAGGUCCUGGCACAGAGCGAGUAUUAAGUGUUUGAUGAACAAGGGACUGAAUGAGUUCAUUGACUGCAACUGCUCACCAUGCAAGGGCAGCUGUGAGGAAUCCGCCCAUCUGUGUCUUGUUUCAACAGUUCAUUAAGUACUUUAAAAUCUUAUUUCACUGAUUGACCUUCUUGGUAUCCCUGAGUGGCAGCUCUUCCUAUCUUCUAAGAGAAACUACAUUCUGAAAGAUUAAGUAACUUGCCUAAGGCUAUUAAGCCAGUUGAAGGCUGAGCCAGGAUAAAAAGUUUUGGCUCUUCCCCAGUAGCCUGGUAGACUGAAUUUGGCCAGACUGGCUUCUUUCUCCCGUUGUCUGUUUCACUCACAUCUGCCUGGUGUAGUGGCCGAGCAGAGCUAGGCUGGGUGGCACAUGCUGGGCUUUUUACAUCUUAUCCUCAGGAAUGAAUGUUGGACUUGGAUGGCACCUUACACUCUGCCUUUCCCAUGAGCUUUUUUAUCUACCAAAGGGUUCUAUUUACAUCGAAGUUUGUUUUUAUCUUACCAACUUAAAAAAUUUUUUUAAUUGAAGUAUAGUUCAUUUACAACAUCCUGUUUCUUUCGGGUAUACAGCACAGUGAUUCAAUUAUACAUAUAUAUUCUUUAGAAGUUUUGCCUCAGGAAACCUAAGGACUCAGGAAGGCUCCCAGCUUUGGCCAAGCUCACAUGGUGCAUCUGAAAGUAACCUCUAACGGUCUGGAUUUGUAGAAGCCAUGGUUGGGAAGAGAAGUCUGGUGUUCCUUGAGAUGGCCUGAUAUGAAGGCGUCACACUCCCUGCCUCCCCAAGCCUCUAGCGCUGCCCGGUGGCUGCCUUGUCCUUCAAGUGCAGGAGCCAGUUGAAACGUCAGGAAUGGAAGCCAAUGUGACCAUCCCAAUCUGGCAAAAUAAGCCGCAUGGCGCUGCUCGAAGUGUAGUGAGGAGAAUUGGGACCAACUUGCCCCUGAAGCCAUGUCCCCGGGCAUCCUUUGAGACCCUGCCCAACAUCUCUGACCUGUGUCUGAGGGAUGUGCCCCCAGUUCCUACCCUGGCUGACAUCGCCUGGAUUGCUGCAGAUGAAGAGGAGACUUAUGCCCGGGUCAGGAGCGAUACACGCCCCCUGAGGCACACCUGGAAGCCCAGCCCUCUGAUUGUCAUGCAGCGCAAUGCCUCAGUGCCCAACCUGCGUGGGUCGGAGGAGAGGCUCCUGGCCCUGAAGAAGCCAGCCCUGCCAGCCCUCAGCCGCACCACCGAGUUGCAGGAUGAGCUGAGCCACCUGCGCAGCCAGAUUGCCAAAAUAGUGGCAGCUGAUGCAGCCUCGGCUUCUUUAACGCCAGAUUUCUUAUCUCCAGGAAGUUCAAAUGUCUCUUCUCCCUUACCUUGUUUUGGAUCCUCAUUCCACUCUACAACUUCCUUUGUCAUUAGUGACAUCACCGAGGAGACCGAGAUAGAGGUCCCUGAGCUUCCAUCAGUCCCCCUGCUUUGUUCUGCCAGCCCUGAAUGUUGCAAACCAGAACACAAAGCUACCUGCAGCUCAUCUGAAGAGGAUGACUGCGUCUCUCUGUCCAAGGCCAGCAGCUUUGCAGAUAUGAUGGGUAUCCUCAAGGACUUCCACCGGAUGAAGCAGAGCCAAGACCUGAGCCGGAGUUCACUGAAGGAGGAAGAUCCUGCUGUUCUUAUCUCUGAGGUCCUAAGGAGGAAGUUUGCUCUGAAGGAAGAAGAUAUCAGUAGAAAAGGGAACUGAUAUCACUCAGCUCUGCAACUCAGUCUCACGCUCCUGGAAUUCCUUCAGUAGCUGCCUUCCUCACCGCAGAUGUUUCUGCCCAUCAGUUAAAAAUCUGCAACAGUCUUGCUGAAAGCUAGAGCUUGGACUAAGAAGAGCUGCAUUAUAUGUUUUCCAUACUCAAACCUUAGAAGCUAACGGACUGUUUUGAGCUGAGACACAGGUAAUUAUAUACGUUGGAAUGUCUCAAUUUAAAGGGUGAGAUACAACUUUCUGGUUUUUCCUUUCUCUUGUGUGAAAGUAAGUCCUAAAUGAAAGACUGACUUCACUGCACUAGACCCUGUAACUGGUCUCACCGAACACUUUGUGCCCAGCUGUCACUCACUCUCAGCCGCUUCCUUGCAGCAGAGCAGGGCUGAGGGGAGGGGCUAUAAAUGUAUGUGCACGUUCACAGGGCAGGGAAAAUCUUAUGCUGCUCCAUCAUGAACUGACACCAAUGCCCAGCAAUCAUUCUCUCCCCCUUCCCUGUCUUAACACUUAGAUGUAGAGGUUGGGCCACUGGACCCGCCGAGGCUUGGGAUACUGCUGGGAGGCCUGGGCUGUUUUUUUCUUAAAUAUAUUUUGUAAUACUGUACAACCAAAUCUACCCUCCAAGGCCCUGACGCCUCAUUGGUUCCACUGAUUGAAAGCUCUUUCUCUUCCAUGGACUUUAAGCCCAGCAGGGAAGAGAAAUGAAGAGGUGAAUCUUCCAGGCCCUUGACUGCUCCUUUGCGUGGGGCCAAGGUUUGUACUUACUAUACCAUGCAUGACUCAGAUGCCCUCAGGUCCUUUUCAUUACAGUAUGUAUCCUGUGUUUGGGUUGAAGCAUUACGUGACAUUAAAGGAAGGAUCUGGAGAGAUACUGC